UUAAAGAAGGAGUUUUACGCUUUGGCACAGUUCACCUUGACACAGUGAACAAGUGUGUUCCAUGGCUAAACCCUUUGCGGACGGGCCAGGCUUAUUGCACGGUGCUCAUUUCCUCAGUGCCCCUGGCACUGAAGAUGAAACAGAUGCUCAGGGCUUGACCUCAGUAGUAACCAAAGAAGUGGAGUCUUUCAGAAAUGUCAACUUGAUUACAAGAAGAAAGAAAAUGCCAGGGGAGAUGGAACCACUUGAUAAACUGGAUUCAUCGGAUGUACUUAAGUUGGAGCCAGCUCUGGAUCCAGAGAGACCAUCUGGACAGGAGUUUUCAGAGGGACCUCAGGAAGUAUUUCACUGUAAAAUGAAAGCUAAAGAGAAGAAAUACCAAUCUGACCUGUGGUUAGAAAUCGAACGUCUGAAUAAGGGUGGGGUGCAGCAGGACUCCAGCCCGUCUUCCUGGGCACUUUUUAAUACAACUUGUAACGCGGUGGCUCAGCAAACUGAUCCAGUUGAGAAUGUAUUUGAACAGAAUCUGAAGAUCAAGUUUUAUAUCAGUUCGGGAUCCGCAUCUCCUUCCUCACACAGUGGAGAUGAAGCCGACCCAGUUGAGAUUGUAGAUUCUGCUCAUCUUCCAGUUCAUACGCCAACAAUAAAGAGAAAGAAAUAUCACACUAACAUCCUCUUUCCUCCUAAGAAUAAGACCCACCAGUUUUUCCUCACGUCCUUUACUGCUCCCACCAAGUGUCACCAAUGCACAUCUCUGAUGGUGGGUUUGAUAAGGCAGGGCUGUGCGUGUGAUGCGUGUGGGUUCUUGUGUCACACAACCUGUGUCGAAAAAGCUCCACGAGCUUGUCCAGUGCCUGCUCACCAGAAGAAAGAACCCUUCUGUCUAGUUCCAUGGCAGGGUCUGGGGACAGCCUACGAAGGCCACGUCUGGAUUCCAAAGAAAACAGGAAUGAAAAAAGGAUGGCAGAGAGCACUGGCUAUAGUUUGUGACUUCAAACUCUUCUUCUAUGACAUAAAUGAAGACAAAGACUCAAAGCCCAGUGCCAUAGUGAGUCAAGUGAUCGACAUGAGGGAUGGAGCAUUUUCAGUCGGUUCUGUGUGGCCCUCUGAUUUUACUCCCGCCAGGAGAAAGGAAAUGCCCCGCAUGUUUAAAAUUCCAAAAGAAUCGCUCUGGGCAAUGAAGAAGGGCUAUUUGUCGUGCACAUUACCAUAGAUGAAAUUCUUCGGGUUGGUGACUUGAAGAAGGUCUACCAGAUUGAGCUCAUCCCACAUGGCCAGAUGGUUGCAGUGAUCUCUGGACGAAGUCACCACGUACAGCUGCUUCCCAUGUCAGCCCUGGACGGACGAAAGACUAAUGUCCACAAACUGGUGGAAACCAAAGGAUGCCAGACCAUGACCUCUGGAACAGUGUGCCGAGGGGCCCGCACGUGCCUCUGCGUAGCUAGGAAAAGCCAGGUCCUCUGUUUUGAGCUGUUUCAGGGCAAGAAAAUUUCUCACAGAAAAUUUAAAGAGGUCCAAGUCCCAACCAAUGUCCAGUGGAUGGCCAUUUUUGGUGAACAGCUCUGUGUGGGAUUCCAGUCGGGCUUCCUGAGAUACCCCUUGAGGAGAGAGGGAAUCCCGCAUAGGAUGCUGCAUGCCUACGACCCCACCCUGUCAUUCAUUGCACAUCACCCGGAGGAUGCUCUGUGUGCAGUUGAGAUCUCCAGCAUUGAGUAUCUGCUGUGUUUUAAGAGCAUUGGAGUGUACAUUGACGGCAGGGGCCUCCGAUCCAGACCGGUGGAGCUGAUGUGGCCAGCGACUCCCAGCUAUUGUUGUUAUAGUGCUCCAUACCUCUCAGUAUACAGUGAAAAUGCAGUGGACAUUUUCGAUGUGAACUCCACAGAGUGGAUCCAGACUGUCCCCCUCAAGAAGGUUCGACCCUUGAAUAAUGAAGGAUCACUGAAUAUCUUACAUUUGGAGACAAUUAGAUUGAUAUAUUUCCAAAACAAGUUGGCAAAUGAGGAUGAGCUGGUAGUCCCUGAAACACCACCGAAUCCUCAGAGGCAGAUGGUCCCACACGUCAACAGCAAGCGGCGUUACACCUUCCGAGUCCCCAAAGGGAAAAAGACCGUCCCCAAAGGGCUGUGACCACCCUUGCGGGGGCGCGGAGCACGAGGGACCACUCACCCACCUCGUGACUCAGUUUCUUUGGAAGGAAACGAAACAGGGUCAGGCUCAUCAGUUCCCUGCGGCGAUGUCUUAUAAUCUGGGUGGUUGUGAGUAUGAAUGUCAGCGCCAUGCGCGGGACCAUUCUCUGUGAGCAUGGAAUGAUUGAUAUUUUGCAUGUGAGCCUCUGCUCGAGGCCACCGCAGAGCCUGUGUGCACCCCGCGACGUCCCGUGAGCAAUAAACAGGACGUGCCGUGUAGCUGGAGAGAUUCCUUUCUGACUCGAUCUGCCUUCCUCAAAGUUAACUCUCCUUAUAGUUGGCUGUGAUUUCUGUAACCAGAUAGGCAGAAAAA